GGAACACUGACAGGUGAACACAAAAUGAGAAGAUCAGCAGCUCCAAGUCGGCAGUUGUUGGGGAAUCCUGCAAAAAAGCCUUGUUUUACACCACCCAUUAAACAUAACUCCUUCUCCAAUAAGACAACAGAUAGCUUGACUACAUUGCUAAAGCCCAAGGUUGACAAUGUGCCUUCUGAAGUCCAUGCAAGAACCUGUGGUGUAGAUGCAGAUUCCAAAGCAGUCGAACUUUCAGUGUCCAAAGACCAGCUGUGCAGGCCUGCUGUAACUGCUGUUGCAAAGUUUAGACCACUAACAGGUAUGAUCGGCAUUGAUAGUCUUACC